AAUAACAGGUGGCACCUGAAUUGCGCGGAGAGUGGUGGAGAGAGUGCGCAGAGUACUGACAUUCUUGUCCGGACCUUACACCGGCUCUGCUCCCCGCCACACCUCGCCUCGCCUCAUCUACUGCCACAAUUGUCCUCUUAUCGUGGGUCGGUCUGUCAGGUGUGACCCCCACGACCACCUCAGACCCGGUGGAGCGACCUGACCAGAGGCGGUGUGGACAGGUGACUCGCUUAAUCUAUUACUGUCCUUGUAUGUAUAUUUAUAUACUGUAUAUAUCCCAAAUGGUUUCCUUAGUAAUUCUGGAAGAAGAUAGUUGAAAAUCUUUUGAUUAGUGGAAAUAAAACCCUUUCCCUCGUUAUAGCUGAACGUGAGGUGAAGCAUCAGUACACCUGAUUUGUUACUCCGUCCUCCUGCGUGUAAUGAGCACGAUAAUUCGCGCUUUUAUCAGUGUCCUGUGGUAAACAACAGACGAGUGAACUAACCUCUGCAAUUCAAAAUAUCAGUGCAGUGAUAAGAGUAAAUUGAUCAAUAAUGAUUCAAACGGCACUUGACGCACGGGUCGCCGGCCGUGGCUAGCAAGAGGGAAGGAACCUACCGAGUGCGUGUAGAGUUGAGGAGACACUUGUAGUGUGGUCAACGAGGCGCUGGUGGCCAGCAUGCGGGAGAUCAUCCACGUCCAAGCUGGCCAGUGUGGCAACCAGGUCGGCACUAAGUUCUGGGAGGUGAUCAGCGAUGAGCACGGGAUAGAGCCCACGGGCCUCUACAACGGCACCCACGACAUACAGCUGGAGCGAAUCAAUGUCUACCACAACGAGGCCUCAGGUGGUCGCUUCGUACCUCGGUCGGUGCUGGUGGACCUGGAGCCCGGCACCAUGGAUGCCGUCAGGUCCUCCCCUUAUGGAGGACUCUUCAAGCCUGAUAACUUCGUCUUCGGCCAGAGUGGCGCAGGCAAUAACUGGGCCAAGGGUCACUACACGGAAGGCGCAGAGCUCGUUGACUCCGUCCUCGACAGCAUCAGGAAGGAGUCUGAAAACUGCGACUGUCUUCAGGGAUUCCAGCUGGUCCACUCGUUAGGUGGAGGGACAGGGUCCGGCAUGGGCACUCUCCUCGUCUCCAAGGUCCGCGAGGAAUUCCCCGACCGCAUCAUGAACACCUUCUCCGUCGUGCCCAGCCCCAAGGUGUCAGACACUGUGGUGGAGCCGUACAACGCGACCCUCUCGCUGCACCAGCUGGUCGAGAACACGGACGAGACCUUCUGCAUCGACAAUGAGGCACUCUACGACAUCUGCUUCCGCACGCUCAAGCUGGCUACCCCAACCUACGGUGACCUUAACCACCUCGUCUCCCUGACCAUGUCCGGCGUCACCACCUGCUUAAGAUUUCCCGGCCAGUUGAACGCCGACCUGAGGAAGCUGGCUGUCAACAUGGUUCCCUUCCCCCGCCUUCAUUUCUUCAUGCCAGGGUUCGCUCCCCUCACCUCCCGCAGCAACCAGUCCUUCCGCAACGUGUCCGUCCCAGACCUCACUCUCCAGAUGUUUGAUGCCAAGAACAUGAUGUGCGCCUGUGACCCCCGCAACGGCAGGUACCUGACCGUGGCGGCUGUGUUCCGGGGCCGUAUGUCGAUGAGAGAGGUGGACGAACAGAUGCUCAACGUGAAGAACAAGAACAGUUCCUUCUUUGUGGAGUGGAUCCCCAACAACGUGAAGACGGCAGUGUGUGAUAUACCUCCCCGGGGCUUCAAAAUGUCGGGGACGUUCAUAGGGAACACGACAGCCAUCCAGGAGUUGUUUGUCCGUAUCGGCGACCAGUUUUCGGCAAUGUUCCGGCGGAAGGCCUUCCUUCACUGGUACACAGGAGAAGGAAUGGAUGAAAUGGAGUUCACAGAGGCUGAGGCCAACAUGAACGACUUGGUGUCAGAGUACCAGCAGUACCAGGAAGCCAUUGCUGAUGAGGAUGAGAGGGAGGAAGACGACUACGAGGAGGAAGAAGAGCCAGAGCCAGAACAAGAACAUGAACCAGAACAAGAACAUGAGCACGAACCAGAACCAGAGGAAGAACAAGAACAAUAGGACAAUGUGAAAUACUCCAUAUUAAAAUAUUAAUAGAAAUGACAAAAAAUAUAAGAAAUACGAACUGCUUAAAGUUUCGUGUCUUUGUGUGUGGGUGCGUGCGUGCAGGCAAAGCCAUCGACGCUUGACUUAAUGAAUGAUAGCCUGCCAUGGGUUUAGCAAAAGCAGUAAGUACUACAGAUUGAGUAUCCAGCUAAUUAAUCAGGCCAGGAGAGUGGUUUACCACUGUGCCAUGGGGAAAUCCACGGGGAUUUCUAACCAUCGGUUGUCUAGUUAAAAAAAUGUACUGAUUCCCAAUCUGCUUUCCAAUAUUUCUCUAAUACACACAUUGUAUGUGUGCGCGUUGUGGUGUGCAUGUGUGCGUACGUAUGUACACAUAGAAGGCGGGACCAAGGAGCCAAAGCUCAACCCCCACAAUCACAACUAGGUGAGUACAUGCAACACAUUUAACCUGUUCAUUCAAUUAAAGUCAAUUGGACAACCAAAUAUAGAAAACGUAAACAUUGCAACAAAAAUAUAAACGAUCAGUUGAUGCCUUCAACGCGACACGAAUCCGUGCUGUAACUGCCUCUAACCCACCGACACCAUCAUUCACCCAGAGGAUUCCCAGUUCAGCCUUGACGUUGUGCGACUGUCUAAUCUCUGCGCUGCCUCGGGGGACGCCUCUGCCGUGUGUCUUCAGGAGUCGCCUCGUCGCUAGGCAGUUGAGUUUUUGCCGGUUUUACAUUAUUUUUUUUUUUAUUUUAUUUAUAUAUACAAGAGUUCUUACAUUCUUGUCAAGCUACUAGCCAGGUACCCAUUCAGGUCCAUGCAGGUCCUUAAUUAUAUACAAGAGUUCUUACAUUCUUUUACAGUCACUAGCACGCAUAGCAUUUCAGGCAAGUCCUAAUCCUAAUUUUCACACACACAUUCCCAGGA